AUGAAGUUCUUCUACCAGGUCAUCACGACCCCAACGGCCGAUACCCCCGGCACAGCUGUUUGCCUCAACUUCCCGGACAAGCGAUACUUUUUCGGCCAGCUAUCCGAAGGCACGCAGCGCGCAUGCACAGAGCGCGGAAUUAAGCUUUCUCUUCUCACCGAUGUGUUUAUUACUGGACGAACGGAAUGGGCCAACACAGGCGGCUUGAUUGGGAUUGUUUUGACCCUUGCCGAUACAGUAACAACCUCCAUGGCGGCUGUUGAGGAGGAAAAUCGGAAGAAGGCUGCCCGUAAGGCGGAAAGGGAGGCUGAAGAACCCGUAAAACAGAAGUCCCGUCCACAGCCGCACCAACACAAGCCCGUUGUGGAGCGGGAAGGCGAGACAGUCUUGCAGAGGGGUAAUCUGACAAUUCAUGGUGCUGCGAAUCUUACGCAUACAUUGGCUACUUCGCGGCGAUUUGUUUUCCGAAAAGGAAUGCCGGUUUAUUUGAAAGAAUAUGACUCGAAGACCCUCGCAAAGCAAAAGCCUAUCGGCGCCAAGGAUCCCUUUGAGAAGCCCACAUGGUUCGACUCUAACAUCAAAGUCUGGGUCCUGCCUAUUAACCCUAGCCCAUCAGCUAGUUCUCGAGUUGAGCCGCGGUCACAGAGUCCACGAAAGCGGAGCUUGGAAGAAUUCCAGGAAUCUGAAAAGACCGAAGAUCAUAUGGACCAGCGUGCUAAAGACCUGAUAGUGACGCAGUCCAUUGUGCAGGAUAUGUUCAACUCAACAUGGAAGAUGGAUGCUCUGCAUGAAACCCCAUUGGCCGAGGUCAAGAUGCCGGCCGCUAUAUUCAUUCGGAACCCUGAAACCAAGGACCUUGAGCAAUACAAAGGUCCGGUGCCGGGUGGUCCAGACGAGCUUCCAGACAUCAAGGUUCUCGUCCGAAAGCCCUGGCCCGGCGCAACUGUCGAGAGUCUCCCACCCACUUCUCCCUCGAAGGAAGCGGUAUGCUACAUUGUGCGGAAUCACGAUAUUCGCGGAAAGUUCGACCCGAAGAAGGCCCAGGAAUUGAACGUCGAGAAGGGUGCUAAAUACUCCGCUUUGACGAAGGGCGAGAGUGUUCAAUCCCUGGACGGAAAGACGAUCACCCCAGACAUGGUCUUGGGACAGACGCGAGCAGGAAAAGGCGUUGCCAUCAUGGAAGUGCCAUCGUCCGAGUACCUCGACGACCUGGUCAGCCGGGCCGAAUGGAAUUCGCCAGCUGUGACGACCGAGUUGCAAGCCUUCAUCUGGAUUCUUGGACCAGGUGUGGCCGAGCAUCCUAAAUUCCAGGAAUUCGUUGCGAGAAUGUCUCACUGCAAGCAUACUGUGUCGAGCACAGACCACUGCCCGAACUACCUAGCGAUGACCAGCUCUGCCAGCUCGACUGUUCGACUCGCCCGUCUCAAGCCUGAUAGCUAUGCAGUUCCUGUUCACGACAAUGUGUCACUUCCACAACCCGGAACCCCCAAUGCCAAUUCGAAAUCGGCAAUUGCUGCUCGUGAGAAUUCUCCACUCCAGCCUCUUGAGCCCGGACUCAUCAUCAACAUGGAACCCAAUUUCGGGUUCAAUAGCGACGAAGUCAUGUCUCGCUUUAACCCAGCGACUGCAUUGCAUAGCAUCCCGCGUUCUGUCGAGCAGCGGAUGGAAGUCAUUCGCAAGCGCGUCGCUAAGUCUGAAUUCCAGAAAAAGUUGCACGUGCAACGGACAGAAUGGCCUGGAGCGGAUGCAGAGAUCAUCGCGCUGGGUACUGGUUCCUCUGUUCCAUCCAAAUACCGAAAUGUAUCUGCCACACUAGUGAAGGUACCUGGAUAUGGCUACUAUUUGCUUGAUUGUGGCGAGAAUACUCUUGGUCAACUGAAGCGAGUUUUCGAGCCUGAAGAACUUCGUGAAGUCCUUCAGAAUCUUCGGAUGAUCUGGAUCAGCCAUUUGCACGCUGAUCACCAUCUAGGAACAGUCUCAGUGAUCAAGGCCUGGCACACGGAGAACUUCAAGAAUGGAUUUGGCUCGGAUGCUAAACGUGAAAACGAUAUGGUCAAGGUCCUCCUGGAGAAGCGACUGGCUGUUGUAUCUGAUGAUGGAAUGAUCUCCUGGUUGGAAGAAUAUUCACAAGUCGAGGACUUCGGAUUUGACAAGCUGCUUACUCUUUCCGCACGCCCUGAAGUAAAUGGUCCUAAAAUCACCACGGAGUUCUCACACCAACUACCUAAUCGUUAUCGGUUCAAUCUUAACUUCACGGACGAAUCCUCCCACCUCACUCCUCUUCUCAAGUCUGCUACCGGUCUUACAGAUCUACUCACUUGCCGUGUCAAACACUGCAAGGGUGCCUUCGCUGUGUCCCUUGUCUUCUCAAAUGGAUUCAAGGUUUCCUACUCUGGUGAUUGCAGGCCAUCGGAUAAAUUUGCCGUCAUUGGACAGGGUUCAACAGUGCUCAUUCACGAGGCCACUUUCCAACCCGACAUGGUCGGAUCGGCUAAGGCCAAACGGCACUCAACCUCGGCCGAGGCAAUCGAAGUCGGCCGUCGCAUGCAAGCGCGCGCUGUCCUGCUCACUCAUUUCAGCCAGCGCUACCAGAAGACCGCCUAUGUAGAGAAGCGGAACCCUGGCAAAUUCCAGUCCAGCCGGGACUCAGCUGCAAAGGAGCCCGCAGAUGCGGAUAUCCCAUUCGACGACCCUCAGGAUCAAGCAGUGGACUCCAACGACGCUCCACUGUCCGACGACAUCAACAUGGGUCUCAGCCAAAGGUUCGGCGUGUAUACCGGCCCCGUCGCCGGAGCGAUGGACUUCAUGCGUGUCAAGGUCGGAGACUUCGCCCUUGCGCAGGCAUAUGCACCGGCAUUGGAGAAGUUCACUGAGCUCUUGGAGCGGGCAGCGAAUGAGGAAGCUGAGCGCGCGAAGCAUACCCGACAGGAAGAGGAGAAUGCACGCAAGGCAAAGAAUAAUAAGAAAUGGGCUAAGCAAAUGGCUACUGCUACCGCAGCAGCAGUUGCAGCUGCAGCAACUGAGACUAGCGAUGUGCAGACGCCCACUCGGUCUGUCUGGAGUGCUAGUGAAAGUGAGGAAGGAUGGGAGACGAGUGAUGAACAAUGUUGUUCCUAA